UAGUGCUGCUGUGUCAUAUAUUUGUUUGGUGGUGGUCAUGUCCAUGUUCGUCUCUAUAUAGCCCUAGUUCUUUUUCCCUUCUACCAUUCCUCACCCUUUUCCUUUUUUUACUCCUCCAUCCCUCCCUCCUUAAAAUCACUUCCUCUUCUAAUUCUUCUUCUUCAUUUCCGGCCUCCUCGGGAUCUGAAAUAUUCCUGUGAGCUGCUAGGUUCAAGUCCCGAGGUAACCUUAAUUUGUCUUUUGUAGUAUCAUCCCACUAAAUAGGAUCGAAACCUGUUACGUACGGCUACUAGGGUUUCCGAUUAUAUUGACAAGAGGAAGAAGGGUAAUUUGACUUGCAAAGAGAUUGCUUAUCAUCUCUGUUACCUUGCAGGGUCUGAAUCGGAUUAGAUAACUGGAAGACAAAAAUGGAUACAUCUUCUCAUAUCGUCCCUCCUGGUUUCCGUUUCCAUCCAACUGAUGAAGAACUGGUGGAUUACUACCUAAGAAAAAAGAUUACUUCUAAAAGGAUUGACCUAGAUGUCAUCAAAGACAUCGAUCUUUACAAAAUUGAGCCCUGGGAUCUCCAAGAGCUAUGUGGACUGGGAGUAGAAGAGCAGAAUGAAUGGUACUUCUUCAGUCAUAAAGAUAAGAAGUAUCCAACUGGAACUCGCACGAAUAGAGCCACAGCUGCUGGAUUCUGGAAAGCAACAGGAAGAGAUAAAGCAAUUUAUUCUAAGCUUGAUUUAGUUGGCAUGAGAAAGACAUUAGUGUAUUACAAAGGUCGUGCCCCCAAUGGACAAAAGUCAGAUUGGAUCAUGCACGAGUAUCGCCUUGAAACAGAUGAAAAUGCACCUACCCAGGCAAAAGGAUGGGUUGUUUGUAGGGUGUUUAAGAAGAAAAUUGCAGCAGUGCGAAGAAUGAGUGAGCACGAGUCACCAAUAUGGUACGAAGAUCAAGUUUCAUUCAUGCCAGACAUGGAUUCUCCCAAACAACCGAACAUUACAUACCGUUAUCCUUAUCCUUGCAAAAAGGAGCAGGAAUUUCAGUAUCAAAAUAUAUCUGGAUCGGACCAUUUUUUCCAGCUUCCCCAUCUUGAAAACUCAAAAAUGCUGCAAUCACCGCUACCUCUCAUCAGAAGCUGCAAUUAUAUGCCCCCGUACGGCCUUAACGUGAACCUUAGCAGAAACAUUCCGCAAUCUUCAUCCAUUGCACAAGACGAAAUCAGCUAUCCAUCGAGUUAUGAUCAAGCAGUUGAGCAAGUAACUGACUGGCGUGUUCUUGAUAAGUUUGUUGCUUCACAACUCAGCCACGAAGAUGUUCCACAGGAUAAUCAUGAAUAUUUGAAUGUUAAUGCAGCCGCUCUAAGCAGUGUCGUUUCUGCAGAUGAUGAUAACUCAAGCACCCUUGUCAGAAAUUUGAAUAGCCAAGAGAUAUUGGAUCCUGAAAACACGUCAAACUCAAUUUCAAGUUGUCAGAUUGAUUUGUGGAAAUGAUCGUUAUUAUAUGACCUAUUGAAGAAAAAACUUCCCCACAUUCUUGUAGAUAACAAGAUUACAGAACUAUAUAUAUAUAUAUAUCUAUAACUCUUAUAACUGCUGUUUCUGGAUAUUAUCUGUUCCAGUAACCAGAAUGUCAUUGUAUAUAACAUAGGCUGUAUUAUAUAGCCUAUAUUAACGGAGCCAGAUAGCCGCAGGCCUUUUAUGUUGUUCAAGCCGCGCCUGGUUUAUAUGAUCAGAUAUGUUCAUCUUGUGUUGUAUUCCAGAAGUACUACAUAUAUAAAUGAAUAUUA